AUGUCUUCUGCGUGGUUCAUUUCGGAUCUAAGCAAGCAAUCCUCUUUAACAAAGAAACCUUCCAAAAAGGACCUUGAAAGUGCAGUAUCACUGACAACGAGGACCUUGCGGGGCCAAGACAAACUCAGUCGUGCCAAGGUGCGGUCAUUACGGAUAACGCUUCUCCUUAUUCUUGUCUAUGUUAUUACCUGGUUGCCAAACAAUCUACUCUCUUGGUGGAUGGGUGAUCUCAUUCGAUUCAUAUCGCGAUCAUCAAGAUGCUACCUUUCCUCUUGCCUUCUUAGUUGUGUUGAAUAG